AUGCAAUAAAGGAGACCUAAGCUGAAAUCUUUAGACAAUAAAGAGAAUCAACAUACUUCAGACACUCCAAUACAGAAUCGUAAACUGUUGAGGAAAACUACACCAAAACUAUUGUAGCCAUUACAAAUGGAUUAACAUAUAAGUUCAAGAGAACCAUUAACUACAAAAGUGGAUGGUACACAUAAGAUUAGGUUAAGAACAUAUGUAAAUACUAUUGAAAAUUUGGUGAAUGAUAAUUUACUAAAAUUUAUACCUCCUACAUGUGAUGGUAGUACUUACUCAAUUGGAUAAUCAAUAGGUAAGGGAAGCUAUGCUACUGUAAGACUUGGAACUAAUAAGUAAGGAUUAAAAGUAGCAAUAAAAGUAUAUGAAAAGUUAUUCUUAAAAGGCGAGCGACUAAAUAAUCUAGUAAAAGAAAUCAGUGCAUUAAAAGCAUUGUCUCAUGAUUAGAUUGUUAAAUUAUUAGAUGUAUAUCAUACUGGAACCACAAUUAAUUUAGUAUUAGAAUAUUGUGGAAGUGAAAGUCUCUUUACUUUAGUCAAAUAACACAGAGCUUUAUCCAAAGAUUAUGCAUUUAAUAUAAUACAUCAAUUACUUAAGAUAUUAGUAUAUAUACAUGAAAAGAAUAUAUGUCAUAGAGACAUAAAACUUGAAAACAUUCUGAUAAACAAUAAAAAAAUCAAGUUAAUUGAUUUUGGAUUCAGUACUGUAUACAAUUGUAUUACUUGUCAUUGUGGUACUCCUAGCUAUAUGUCACCUGAAGUUGUGACAAAACUAAAGUAUGAUGGCAGAACCACUGAUAUAUGGGCCUUAGGAGUACUUUUUGUAGGGUUGUUAUAAGGUAGCUUUCCAUAUAAGGGUUAGAGUGAAAAAGAACUCUUUUAAAAAAUAAGAAAUAAUGAAUAUACUAUUAAUAGUUAGGAUAAAGAUGUAAGAGUAUUUCUAGGUUAAAUCUUUGUCUUGGAUCCUCAUCAUAGAGCCACUGCCAAAUAGGUAAUUAUUUAUUACUUUUAUUCUUAGUUACUUCAAUGUGAUGUUUUUAGAUAUAUGUGA